GUAGCAGCGUCAGGGCGAAGGGAACAAGAGGAGGAGGGAACAGGAGGAGGAGGAGGAGGAAGGAGAAGAAGAAGAGGAGGAGGAGGAGGAUGGAUACAGUGAGCAAGGACGGUGUCACAGUUGACCACUGGGUCAGGUUCACGUUAUCUAACAGCCUAACGCUACUCACACAGAGGGAAUAAUAGCGGCGGAGUAGUAACUACACCACCAGAAGAGACUACUACUGUUGGCCGGACCACUAUCUUGUUGUUGUUGUUGCUCUCUGGGAGGAAGAAGGGCGAGGAUAUUAUGGCCACACUUUGCCCACAGAUCCGAGGACUCCAGGCAGAUGAGGAUGAAUCCAGACUCCUAAAAGUGAAAGUCAUAGCUGGAAUUGGACUGGCCAAAAAAGAUAUUCUUGGAGCCAGUGAUCCAUAUACAAGACUGUCCCUCUAUGACCCCGUCAGUGGAGAAAUCACAAGUCUUCAGACUAAAACAAUAAAAAAGACACUAGACCCAAAAUGGAAUGAAGAAUUCUUUUUCAGCGUUAAUCCUAGGAAGCAUCGUCUGCUGUUGGAGGUGUUUGAUGAGAACCGCCUGACACGUGAUGACUUUCUGGGACAGGUGGAUGUCCCCUUAAAUCAGAUACCGACAGAAAAUCCUAAUACAGAAAGGCCAUACACAUUCAAGGAUUUUCUGCUUCACCCACGAAGCCACAAGUCCAGAGUCAAAGGUCAUCUACGUCUCAAAAUGACCUACCUGCCAAAAACAUCUGGUUCAGAGGAGGAAACGGCAGAUCAGACUGAGGACAUGGAUCCUGGUUGGGAGCUUCUGGAGGCUCAAAACAUGUCAGGUCCCAGACGAAGCCAGGUGCUGCCUCCUCUUCCCCCUGGCUGGGAGGAGCGGCAGGACAACCUAGGAAGAAUCUACUUUGUCAAUCAUGAGAGCAGAACCACACAGUGGCAACGACCCACAGUGCAGGACAGUGAUUUGGAGAUGCAAAGAAGACAGAACAAUAAUGUAGAGGUGGAGCAUGCCUUCAUUACACGCAGACAAAUCUCAGACCACGAUGAAAACACCACACGAGAGUCUCCCGAGAGCUGGGAGAUCAUUACAGAGGACGAGUCCACCUUGUACCACAGCAGUAACCAGCUCACAUCACCUCCACCCCACACGCCUGCGGAGUUGUACGCGUUCUGCGGCGAGCUGAGAAGCAUGCAAGUUUCAGGGGCCACAGCUGGCGAGCAGCGCACCUCCCAGACGGAUCAUGCUAGUAAUUCAAGCCGUUCCAGUCUCAGAGGAAGCGCCCAAACUUCAGCUGGAGAGGAACAUCCUGUCAAUCCUGUGCUGCUUCCAACCUCAGCUGGGCUGCCUCCAGGCUGGGAGGAGAAGCGGGACAGUAAAGGAAGACGCUACUAUGUCAACCACAACAUACGAGCCACAACAUGGACGCGACCCCUCAUUCAGAAAACCUCAGAGGUAACAGCACCACAGGGUGGUGGUGCAGGUUCAUCCCAAAGCCCAGCACCAUCCCAACUGACUGUGUCCCCCGAGGUGUCUCCUGAGCACACCCCAAGCCCCGAGGCCACAUAUGAAUCUGGCUUCUUGCCAGCUGGUUGGGAGGUUCGCAGCGCUCCCAGUGGAAGACCCUUUUUCAUCGACCACAACACAAAGACGACUACAUGGGAAGAUCCCAGGCUAAAGAUUCCUGUGCACGUGAGGAGGAGAACCUCGCUUGACCCUGCUGAUCUCGGCCCUCUACCGCCUGGUUGGGAGGAGAGAGUCCACACUGACGGGAGGGUAUUCUACAUAGAUCACAACACCAAGACCACACAAUGGGAUGAUCCCAGAUUACAGAACCCAGCUAUAACUGGACCAGCUGUGCCUUAUUCCAGAGAUUAUAAACAGAAGUAUGACUACUUCCGGAAGAAGCUGAAGAAACCAGCUGAUAUCCCAAACCGCUUUGAGAUGAAGCUGAGGCGAAACGCCGUGCUGGAGGACUCGUAUCGACGCAUCCUCUCAGUUAAGAGGGCAGACCUGCUGAAGGCACGACUGUGGUUGGAGUUUGAGGGUGAGAAAGGACUGGACUACGGCGGUGUGGCCAGGGAGUGGUUCUUCCUCAUGUCCAAGGAGAUGUUCAACCCAUACUACGGACUGUUCGAGUAUUCUGCCACGGACAACUACACACUGCAGAUCAACCCUAACUCAGGUUUAUGUAACGAGGACCACCUGUCCUACUUCAAGUUCAUCGGCCGCGUGGCAGGCAUGGCUGUUUAUCAUGGAAAACUGCUCGAUGCUUUCUUCAUUCGGCCUUUCUACAAGAUGAUGCUGCAGAAGCCAAUCACCCUCCAGGACAUGGAGUCUGUUGACAGUGAAUAUUUCAACUCUUUGAUGUGGAUUUUGGAGAAUGACCCAACAGACUUGGAUUUGAGGUUCACCAUUGACGAAGAGCUUUUUGGACAGACUCACCAGCAUGAACUGAAGCCGGGGGGCACUGACAUUGUCGUCACUAAUGAAAACAAGAAGGAAUACAUCCAUCUGGUGAUGCAGUGGAGGUUUGUGAACAGGAUACAGAAGCAGAUGACUGCUUUCAAGGAGGGAUUCUUUGAGUUGAUACCACAAGAUGUGAUCAAGAUCUUUGAUGAGAAUGAGCUCGAGCUGCUCAUGUGUGGUCUUGGAGAUGUGGAUGUGAAUGACUGGAGAGAGAACACCAAGUACAAGAACAGCUACUGCUCCAACCAUGUGGUUAUCCAGUGGUUUUGGAAAACAGUGCUGCUGAUGGAUGCGGAAAAGCGAAUCCGGCUCUUACAGUUUGUGACAGGAACAUCCAGAGUCCCAAUGAAUGGCUUUGCUGAACUCUAUGGGUCUAACGGACCACAGCUGUUCACCAUUGAGCAGUGGGGAACACGUGAUAAACUCCCCCGAGCCCACACAUGCUUCAACCGGCUGGACCUUCCUCCUUAUGAGUCCUUUGAGGAACUGAGAGAGAAACUUCACAUUGCUAUUGAGAAUGCACAAGGCUUCGACGGGGUGGAUUAACCGAGUGCAGGAAAUGAGCUGAACUGAUAUUUGCUGCCAUCAGAAUAAAGCGAAGCAGCAUGCUCUGGUGACGUUGAUAAGAGAAACAAGCUGUGUGUCAGACUCGGGUCUUAACUUUGCCAGCUGUGUGACAGAUGAAGGACACUCACACAAACCUCCCUUUGGUCCUCUGUUGGCACGUGUGGAGAAAGGACUUUAAAUCUAGACAGAAGGAUGUAUUUAAUCACUCCACGUGUUGUAAUGUUUACAAAUCAGGUUUUCUUAUCAUUUGAUUCUUUCUUGUGAGUCGCUCAAAAGUGUAUUCACUUUUAUUUGUUCUGCUAAAAUGCUCAAAUAUUUAAAGAAUAUGAUUCUGUGAAAUGACCAUAUUGCAGAAAUUAAUGUGUAUGUAAAGCUUAAAAACAUCUGACUUUAAAAAAAACAUUAGUUUCAUUCGGGCUGAAUUGCCUCAGAAACACAUAAUGCUCAGCUUCUCACAUCAGGUACUUGUGAGACUUGAUGUAGUUAUGUUGCUUCUCUUGGAAAACCAUUAACUAGUCCCUUUCGCUACAUGACUACAUGUUAGGGGUGUGAAGUUGGACCAUGGGUUAGAAUAGUCAAGCACACUGUGGUGAAGCCACCAAGUUCAGCUUGAUAUAAAGAUAGUAUUAGCACUCGACGCCUUAAUAAGACUUACAGCCCAAGUCUCCUUUCCAGAACUACUCAACUCCAUAAUUAAACUGAAGUGAACAGUCCAAAAUCCCUUUAAACACAACGUUGGCUCAGCUGUAAGAAAAUGCCACCCGAGGUUUGAAAUUAAAAGAUGGAGGUCACAACAAGUUUAUUCCAGAUGUAUAUGAUGUUUGAGACAACAAAGCAUGAAUAUAAAUUGGUAAUUCAACCUAAAUAAAACAGAUGUGAAGAUGUUUUUGCUCCCAUUUUUCCUAUCAUUUAAAUUCUUUACAUGAUUACACAUUUUUUCAUUCCAGUGUAUUAGAAACAUUGAUGCAGGAAAUCCAAAAUACAUGCACCUCAAAAGCAUUUGUAGCAGAAAAUGUGCAGGGUAUAUACACGUUUGAGCGACUACACUUAAACAAAGUGUAUCAAUUAAGCAUUAUAGUAGUGAUGUACUAAUACCAGGACCAGUAAAAGGCUGAACUAAUUUUACUGUAGUUUGUAUCUGUGUAGUCCACAGAUUGAAAGAAGUGAAAGACUACGUGCAGUGUUAAAUUGUACUGAAAUACUAUGCAUAAUUGUACAUACUGAUAUAACAUAACUGAAUAUCACUUGAUUUUUGAGUUUCUCAGAUAUAACAUAAAUAUAGUGUACAUACAAAUAUAACUUUGCCUUCUACAAACUGAUAAAGAAACUGUUGUUAAAACUGUUAAAGUAAAAAAAAAAAAAAAAA